UGUGACAGUAUUUGUUGCUAUUUGACGUAAGGUUGAUCCUCAAACUGGAUUAAAUGUUCGUAAGAAAAUGUAUGUUAUAAAUAUAAUAGUUUAUGUCGUGCUGAUCCUGAUUGUAAUUUGUGCGGAUCAUGGGUUGUCACUGAACGUAACAGAUGCAAAAAAUAUUUCGGCGAAUGCUGAAGUUAAAUCUGUACCAAAACCUACUUCCGUGCAAUUUAAAAACGACACCCAACUAGUUAAAAACGCAACGUCCGUUGCUCUAAACGAAGUCGACAAAUCGAUACAUAAAGGUAGAGAGCAUGUCACUGAAAAGCCCUCGAAUGAGACAACAGGUAUUAAACCUGUUACCUCCUUGAAUACUACCACUGUCAGCAAUACAAAUGUACAUAGCACAAAUACAACCCACAGUUCCAUUGUCCCUAAGAAGGGAGUUAACAAUGAGGACAUUCCUCCAAUAGUUACUCCAACUCCAGAUACAGUCCAGAAAACCACAAAGAAUACCACAGUUGCCAAGCCGGUGCCACAGAAACCGAAAAUCACUGAGAGUCUACAAGAUGAUGAUGUUUUGCUGAAGGAACAGAUUAAAAUUAACUCGACAACACCUAAGAUUGAAGAGGUGCAUGUGGAUGUGUACUCUGAUAGAGAGAGUCAUAGUGCUGAUUAUGUUGUGCCAAUUGUAGCAGUCAUUUUGUCAGUGCCUCUUGUUGCUAUCAUUAUUUCAGUACUUUACAAGAAGGCUGCUGACUGGUGGACGCACCGUAAUUAUAGGAGAAUGGACUUCUUAAUUGAAGGCAUGUAUAAUAAUUAAUUAUAGGGUAAGCAGUAAAUUGAGAAAAAUUACUCCAGAUUGUAAAUACUGUAUAGUAGAAUACAAGAGCUGUGGAAACAAAUUUAACUCUGUUAUUAUUUUUAUGUAAAUGUAUAAUUGUAUUAAUACUGUUGUUGAGUGCUGUAAAUUGUCAUAUCAUGUAUUUUUCAUUGCAUUUAAUGUACUCUCUAAAUUCCAAAGGGAUUUCUUCCAUUUGUUACUUUCAAAAAGUGCCUAAAAUAAUGCAAUUACUAUUGUGAUAUAUCCUGAUAAUAAGUUUAACUGUAUUUUUAUACUAAUAAACGAUAUUUUAAUGAUA